AUGCAAGCAUUUCUAAAAGGAGGGAAUGCUGCUCAAGCAAAGGAUAAAACACAGUCAUCUCAGACAUCGUCUGAAGGAAGCAAAGCUCUUAAGACAAAAGAAGUGAAACCAAAAAUUGUUCCUUGGAUUGAGAAAUAUCGGCCAAAGACUGUGGAGGAUGUUGCAUAUCAAGAUGAAGUCAUUUCUGUCCUUAAGAAAUCUAUUGAAGGUGCAGAUUUGCCCAAUUUACUGUUUUAUGGUCCUCCUGGAACUGGUAAAACAUCGACAAUUUUAGCAUGUUCAAGACAGCUUUUUGGCCCAGAUCUUUUCAAAGAUCGAGUGCUGGAGCUCAAUGCAUCAGAUGAAAGAGGGAUCAGCGUCAUUCGGGAGAAGGUCAAGAAGUUUGCACAGCUGACAGCUGGUGGAGGCAGACCAGAUGGAAAACCAUGUCCUCCUUUCAAAAUUAUCAUCUUGGAUGAGGCAGAUUCAAUGACCAAAGAUGCACAGUCUGCCUUGAGGCGAACCAUGGAAAAGGAAUCCAAAACCACACGGUUUUGCCUGAUCUGCAACUAUGUCACCCGUAUCAUUGAACCAAUCACAUCCAGAUGUGCCAAGUUCAGGUUCAAGGCCUUGGCCGAAGAUAUCCUCUCAUCGAGGCUAAAGCAGAUCUGUGAAAAAGAAGGCAUGGACAUCACAGACACGGCAGUGAAUGCAGUGUUGAAGACCUCCCAGGGGGACAUGAGAAAGGCUAUCAUGUUCCUGCAGAGUGCCUCCAGAUUGUGUGGCAAGGAAGGAACUAUAACCCAGGACACUGUUUAUGACAUCGCUGGGGUAGUCCCUGAUGAGAGUAUAGACAACCUGAUAGCUGUAUGCUCCUCAGACUCAUAUGAAGACUUGGAUAAAAUUGUUCAGGACGUGGUGCUGGAAGGCUUUGCUGCCUCACAGAUUCUCAAUCAGCUACAUGAUAAAAUUGUGGUAAAAGAGGAUUUGAGUGACAAACAGAAGUCCAUCAUUUGUGAGAAGAUGGCGAGCGUGGACAAGUGUCUUCUGGAUGGAGCAGAUGACUACCUACAGUUGAUGGCACUCUUCUCUACCAUCAUGCAGCAGAUUUGUCAUGGCAGCUAG